AUGGGUUCACAAUGUUUCGUACGCGAGUCGGUAGCGAUCCUGUCGCACCAUAAUCCCCUGCCAACGCGGAAGAGGCAACACGAAAACGGCUGCUGCGGAGUCCCCUUAUAUCUGCGAGUGUCACCACGUAUCGGCUUCCAAUUUCGCGCGUUGCUUCUGCUGCUCGUCGUAUUUCUAUCCUGCAGUUCCCAGGCUGCACCCGUAUCCGCAACGGAAACACAUGGUGAUCGACCGGCCCUGCUCGUGGAAGACGACCUUGCUUGGACAGGAUCGGCAUUGUAUCUGGACCUCAGCCCGCCGCCAUCCGCCUCGCUGUUGAUGCCUCCUCUAAAACGCGACGACGAUGUCACGCAAACACCCUCUGCUCCACUGUCGGAACGAGCCAUCAAUACCGACUCUAAUACCGCCGAUAGCUCCAAAUUCGAAGUUCCCAAGGCAUUCGAUACAGGGUUCUCAAAUAAUUUUACCAACUCAUGCGCAAACUUCCUCAAUCGCCUGCGUUCAAGUACAGAAUUCAACAACUGCCACCCAUUUUCCUUAUUGAUACAGACAUCAAGUGGCUUUUUCGAUGCCUCGAAAUCUACGCUCCGUAUUACACAAACCCUCGAUGCGACCUGCGAAGUAGACGCAGCGCAAUGCAAACCGAUCCUGGACAAUUUUGCGAUAGAUCUACUGUCAGAGACGGCAUGCAAAUCUGACUAUGAAAGCGACAAUCCCUUGGUACUACAAGCUUACAACGGCCUCGUCGCAUACCAGCCAUCGUAUCAGGCAAGUUGUUUGCACGAUGACCAAGGGAACUAUUGUUUCGCAAAUGCCGUGAGCAACACGUCGUCACCAGGAGACUCAUACCCAUAUUACCUACCCGUUGGACAAGAACUUCCCGGUGGAUCACGGCCAACUUGCAACUCGUGCCUACAACAAGCAAUGAGCGUCUUUUCUUAUUACGGCAAUAACGCUACGCAACCUCUUUCGAAAACCUACACCUCAGCCGCUCAGCAGAUCUCAAUAGCAUGCGGCUCAACCUUCGUUAAUGUCACAGCCGCCCCUCUCAAAGCUGCUGCACCGACUACGAACGUCACAAUCACACCUACGAUAACCUUGAUCCUAAUGUUUGUACUUUAUUUCUUCCAGUGA